UCCACUGGUGCUGUUGCAAAGAGGUCAGGAUGCCCAUCUCCCCUGUGACUUUAGCUCUCUUCAAUAAACUUUCGAAGGAUUCCAACCAGGCUCCUCCUCCCCGGAGUAUACCAAAGUUGAAAUGUUCUAAGCAGAUUAAUUAUGAUCAGUUGGAUGCAUUAUGCCACAUUAAAGGACUACGAGCCAUAAAGAAUGUGUACUCCACCAAAGAGGCUCACCAAAACUUUAUGGAACUUUAUCCUAAAAUAUUCUACAAGGAAAAAGUGGUGCUGCCCAAAAUUUGUGUAUCAGAGGCAAAAAGGCCAACUAGUGAGGAUGCAGUACUUCAAGAUGAGGUCACACCCCUUGAAGAUGUUCAUGAUAUAGCUGUUCACCUUAGGAAAAUUCAUGGUCUCAAAAUUGGACGUGUGGCUCUGACUUUUAAGGACAAGAUGGAGAAAUUAAUAACUAUCUUGAAGAAACUCCCCAUUCACAGGUCCGAGCUAGAACACGCCAUUGUGUGCAAGAUGAUGAAACUUAUUCCAGACAUAGCUGCUCAGAUAACUGAUGAAGAAUUAAAAAUAAUCAGCAGGAGUACCUGUGUGGAAACCUGGAUGAAAGGCACUACAGUAAUUGGAAAUCAAGGCUUUUAUGUGAUACUGAAAGGCUCUGUUCGAUCUCAGUUAAGAUCAUCCAAGAUAGUGUUUGGAGACUGGAGACCAGCUUCUUCUUCUGAAAGUGAGAAAAGCCUGGAUUCAUCCUCAGAAGAUGACUCACUUUCAGAUUACACAAAUGUAAAUCUGAAAUCAGUCUCAUCUGUCUGUUCAACACUCGGUAUUGGGAGUUCCUUUGGGACACUGGAGGUGAUAUCUGGCCGGAAGCAAAGAGCUGUAUUUGCAAUUAUCACUGAAGAUGACUGUGAAAUUCUUAAAAUUUGCUCAAAAGAAUAUUCAAGUAUCAAAGAGGAAAUAGCAAGACGUGAAAGAACUUCUAGGGAGCAAUUAAUCCAAAAAUGCCCUUAUUAUAAUAAUUGGCCUAAAUUAUCUUUGUUUGAGUUAACGUCGCUCAUUAAGUGGCAGCAAUUUCCACCAGGAUAUGUGCUGGUGAAAGCUGGAGACAUAAUUUCAUUUGUGGGAUUCAUUCAUUCUGGAUACUGUAAGGUUUUCAGAGAAAUUGUAGGUCUUGUGAAACACCCUCCUAGGAAAAUGGGAAAGAAGAUCAGACGGGUGUUCUUGGGUAAACUUCAUGAAAAGGAGUCCUUUGGUGAGAUAAGUGUUCUUCUGCAAGUUCCUUUCACAUGUACAAUCAUCACAGGAACUGAAGUUGAAUUGGGGAUCAUUGAUGCUCAGAAGAUAUUAGAUUUAGAUUGGGUGACACAGAAACUAAUGCUUCAAACUGCUAAGGCGACUUUUGGCCAACUCACUCAGGAUGAGAUCAACUGGGAAUACAUAACCAAAGAAAAACAGAGGGAAUGGCAGAGUUUCAAGGAUAUGGUAAUAAAAAAAACAUUAUUUUACAAUGGAAUCGUUCCCGGAUUUGGAAAAUGGACCCAUCUCUGGGUUUGCAAGCCAAAUAGAGAAGGAAACUCAUCAACAAAUAAACCACUAAUGGACAGUAAUUAAAGUGAUUCCAAUGCGGAAGGACCUUGGGACUUGAA